ACAUUUGUAAGCCUUAAGAAAAUUCCAUUUCCCACAACACUUUAUUUUAUUAAUUGCAAAUGUCUGUAAAAGAAAAAAUGAAAUUGAAAUGAAUAUGUUCGUUCAACGGCCACUACUGUAAAUGACGGCUUACUGACAGCAGCACAUUACGAAAAUUCUGAGAUCAAGCUACUAGCAGGGAAUGUAACCAGUCACUUGUUUUGACAAUAUGCUAACAACAUACUUUACACAUAGAAGAGUAAUGCUAUGAAAUAAUAACAAUUUGAAGACUUAAAGGCGUAAAAUUACAGCAUCAAUCAUUCUGUUCAAGCUGGAUGGAGCCUCAUUACUUUUCCACCGGAACAAACACGACGCAGUAACCAUUUUCACUGGGGACUCAAAACAGUCAUGGAAACACUAAGAGAGCGGUCGUAUUUAAAUUAGUCAAGAGAGGUGGGAAAAGAAGAAUGAUGAAAACAUGUAGGAAGUAUUGUUUCGGGCUCGAAGUAAGGGCGACGCGGGACUCUUUGCAGAACUAACCACUUAAAUGCAAACAUUUUGUGCUUAGAAAAUCAUAUUAUUGAAAUAUGUGAACCAUGGAGAAGUUGAAGACACUGGAACCAAGUGUCGAUGCUGUUGCUUUGCCAAGAUGGGAGAUAUUCGUUUACCUUGCCCUUUCUUUUGGUUCUCAUCUGUAUUCCUUUUAUGAGGUGCACCAAGUUUCUAGAGCCUAUGAAAGGGCUCUUCACAGCAAAGGUGAAUUAGAAGAUGGCUUUACAUUUUGGGGCUACAAGAAGGAUCCCACUGACUUUGAAUGGAGCUUCUGGAUAGAAUGGGGAAGGCAAUCUGUGUUGUGGACUCUGCUAGGUCAUGUAGUUGUCUCACAACUAGUCCGUGCCACUCUUCCCAAGUUCAGAAUCUGGUUUCUAACAGGGUAUGGACUUCUGGCAUGUUGGCUCGUACUAGGCUUAGGAGGCCUUGCCAUCAUUUUGCUGCAUGUGGUGGUCUCCUUUGCUGUGGCACAAUUUCGAUUGCCUUUCUUGUGUUGGCUGUGCUCACUGCUUUUGUUAUAUUCAUUACAUAUACCCUCUCUGGAAGAAGUACAGAAAAAAUGGUACAGCACUGAAGAUGAGUACUAUUUACUGUUAUUCAGUCUGGCUGUUAGUUGCCUACGCUGCAUAAGUUUUUGUUUGGAGAAUUGCUGGCAGCAGUCAUAUCCAAAAUGCUCCCAGGCGUUUAUGUGGAUGCUUGCUUACCUGUUCUACUAUCCGGGCUUUCAUAAUGGACCAGUCCUUAACUUUAAUGAGUUCAGCACACAGAUGCAGAAAAAAGAACAAAGAGUUAAGAAAAAUGAUAUUGCUACACUAAUGCUUGGAAUUGCUCGUAUUUUCUUAUGGUGGUGGCUGGCUGAGUCAAUGAUUCAUUUCAUGUAUAUGCAUGCGAUUCACAAUAAUGAAGCAAUUCUGGAAUCAGUAACAUUCUGGACAUUAGGUGGACUUGCUCUGGCACAAGUGCUGUUUUUCUAUGUGAAGUACUUAGUAUUGUUUGGAAUCCCUACCAUGAUUAUUCGUCUUGAUGGAAUCGAACCACCAAAGUUGCCUCGUUGUGUCAGUGCAAUGUACAGUUUCACAGGACUAUGGAGAAAUUUUGACGUUGGAUUGCAUCGCUGGCUCAUUAGAUACAUAUAUAUUCCACUUGGAGGAUCACAGCAUGGCUUGCCUGGAAUGAUGUUUUCCACAGCUAUGGCUUUUGGAUUUGUGUUCUACUGGCAUGGUGGCCACGGAUACCUUUUCAUCUGGGCAGUGCUUAACUGGCUAGGCAUCAUUGUUGAAAAUGGAGUUAAACGAGUGCUUUUUAUCCCAUCUGUAUGGAAUAUUAUAGAAAGAUCCAUGUCCCCAAGAAUGCGGCGGCGAGCUUAUGCAGCUCUUGCAUCGUUUUCAACUGCUAUGUUGAUACUGUCAAACCUGGUAUUUCUUGGUGGCAUUGACGUAGGGAAGUUCUACUGGAACAGAAUCUUUGUGCAAGGGUGGCCCUGGGCUACAUUUACAGCACUUGGAUUUCUGUACUGCUAUGCACAGAUUGGAAUGGAGUUUGAUCGGGCAUACAGAUGAAUAGCUACAGAUUUACUUCUUUCUCUCCCACUCUUGAUUUACAUAACUGAGUUCAAGACAGAAUUUGACAAUGUUCUAUUGAUGUUUGUUAAGCUAAUUACAAGAACUGGAGAUGUCAUGCUGGCAUUGCUGUAGACACUAGCUCUGAACUGUUAAGAUAAGAAGAGAACACGCUAUCCAUUUUAAACAAGGCAUUUGUUUUCAGUCAUUCUAGCUGGAGGUAUUUAAAAUCAGCAUGUCAAGUAUGCAUCAAGAGCCUGGUCCACUGUGUCAAGUAUAUCCCGUAGCCCUCAUAUCAUACCACCUGCCCACCCAAUCAGCAACCUGAGUUUGUCUUCUCCACCCAGUAUUCACUUUUUUCAGCAGUGACAGUAACAUUUCAUGUGGUGAUUAUCAUGGCUAUGCAAUUACUUUGCAGAUGAGUACUUGUGUGCAGCAGUGACAUUUCUGUCACAUUUUCUACUAAAAUGUGUUCUGAAUAUGCAAGUGCAGGACAGAGCCUAAUAAUUAGAAUCAGAAUGAAAAUGGUUUUGCAACGCACAAUGAAUAGUUUUGUUCUUUGGUGCAUAUGUAUAGCUUUGUUACUUUAUUUCUGUGUGUGUUUGAAAAGGUUAUCAAGGCAUUCUGUGCUUAAUUUUCAUACAUUUUACAGAGAUUCAAUGCUAUCAAAGGAGUGUAAAAUGAAAUAUUUAAUUAUAGUAUUGAUAUCUGAGAAAAAAAAACAUAUGGAAUAACUUCUGUCAUGAUGAGAACUGAAUUCACUUUUUUAGGUUCAUUAUUCAGUCCUCAUACUUUGAAAGUAAAUUAUACUCCUGCAUUUA